GUCAAUAUAAAUGUGAAAAAGCUAGAAUAAUUUAUUGAGAUUUGUCCUGUAGUGUUUUUUGGUCUGGCCCUCUUCAGACGAAAUUACGAAAUUAUCAAGUAAAGAAUAAUGUCCUGAAUGCAAACCACUCGCGGUUAGAAAAACACAUUUUCAAGUGUUUUAGCUAAUAUAUUCAUGCCAUUAGUGCAGCAAUUAGUGAUAGAUACCAAAGAGUGAUUUGUUGAAGUAAUCAUGAAGUCGUUGCUCUUGUCAGUCGUUUUGAUUUGCGCAUUGUCAUGUGUCAUUGGGAGUGAGCUGGACUAUGAUGGCUGGUUACAAAUUCGGCUGUACCACGCACUGAAUGAUGAUCCAGUCCCUCACUUUGCUGAAAGAGGAAACAUCACAGUAACUAGUAUCCGAACAGGUGCUUCAACAAUAGGUCAAAUGGGCCUGCAGCCCUCACAAGUGAAUAGUUUGACGAAACUCGCGCAAAAUUCCAGGCAAUAUCGUUUGAAAGCUGUGAUCAAAGGAUCAUCGGGUGCAGAGACGACACUUUACACAUCAGUACCUGCGUGCCAUUUAUUAGGAACUGAACUCGAGGACAUCAUCACGAUUUGGCUGGAUGCAGGGGCAGAUCCAGUGUCAAUAACUCAGGUUUCGCCAGGUCCCUGUAGUCUAGAUACACCCACUACCUCGAUGUGGACGAGUAGUGUUCAGGUACGAUAUCCUGAUGGGGGACCUAUACCUGAUACUGCCUCGUACAUUUAUAAAUUGGAGCGUGAGAAAGAAGCCAGGGAGAGAGGAGAAACCAAAGACAACAGAUCAUUUUUUGCUAAAUACUGGAUGUAUAUAAUUCCUGCUCUGAUAUUCUUCGUUCUGUCAUCGGCGACGAAUCCCGAAGCAGGUGGAGCUGGCAAUGGAGGCCAGAGGCAAUGAUAAUCUCCAGAUAAUUAGAAAAUUAAUUCUAUUCGAUAUUUCCUCUAUCAUUUCAUUAUGUUCACGUCAUUGCAACGUAUUUCUUAUGAAUUGUAUCAAUAAAUUUUUCAAUGCAAA